CAUGACUUUAGGACACGACAUAAAUUGUCCAACAAAACAUUUAAGUCCGUCAGACAUUACCGAGCCUGAACUGAGCGCAACAAACGGUGAAAGAUGCGGCAGUUUGUACUCAUGAUCGCGGUUGUGAUGGCCUGGGCGUCCUCGGUACAAGGUGAGACGGACAGAGUGCGUUUUGCCCUGUCGGAGUACCUGACGUCUAUAGACCGUUACGGGUUCUACAAGGUCCUUGUGUCGGGAACCAUGGACGACGACAACCUCAUCGCUACCUGCGCGGCGGCGGGGAUGCGGCACGCCUGCUUCCACUCGGGAACCGGCGCCUGUGCCUUCCACUGGAGCCCGGACUGCAUCAAGUACGACCACGACGGCGUCAGCUGCAUCACCACGGAGAACCUUGCGCAGAUCCUGUGCGGAGAUCCCGACAAGUUGUACUGUCCGCCCCUUGAUGACGUCUUCGUGGUGCGACCGAACUACUGGGGCGAGGUUGUCGGCUGGGGCAUAGACGUCGACACCCACCAGCACUUCGGGGACGGAAGCAGCUACAACAACAUGUACGCCCUGUGCGCAGUUUCCGAGGGUCUACAGUACAUGCCCUGUAUGAACGGAGGAACUCUGGACAACUUUGUCUGUCAGUGUCCGCCUUGGGCCACCGGAUUCAAGUGUGAAACAGACAGGAUAGACGACUGCCAGGGCUCGCCCUGUCAGAACGGCACCUGUACCGAUCACCCGGGCUUCUACACCUGCCGCUGUGAGCCGGGAUGGACGGGAGUCAACUGUGAUACAGAAAUGGUCGACGAGUGUCUGACCUCUCCCUGUCUUCAUGGCGCAUGCGUGGAUCACCUGGGCGGCUACACCUGCCGAUGUGACUCGGGGUGGACAGGAGUGAACUGCGAAACAGAACUGGUGGACGAGUGUUUGAGCAACCCUUGUUACAUGGGCGCAUGCGUGGAUCACCAGGACCACUACACGUGCCGCUGUGACCCAGGCUGGACAGGAAUCCACUGUGACGUAGAUAUGGUGGACGAGUGUGUGAGCAACCCUUGUCUGAUGGGCGCAUGCGUGGACCAUCAGGACCACUAUACCUGCCGCUGUGACCCCGGCUGGACGGGGGUCAACUGUGACGUAGACAUGGUGGAUGAGUGUCAGAGUAACCCUUGUGUGAACGGCGCAUGCGUGGAUCACCAGAACCACUACCACUGCCAAUGUGACCCCGGUUGGACAGGAAUCCACUGUGACGUAGAUAUGGACGACUGUAGCAGCUCGCCUUGUCCUUCCAACUCCACGUGCGUCGAUGAAGUGAAUGGAUACACCUGUCAGUGUGCGCCUGGGUGGGAGGGGGAUCAGUGUCAGACAGAUAUAGACGAGUGCAGCACCUCGCUGUGCCCAGCAAACGCCACCUGCGUGGACGGCGUCAACAGCUACACCUGCCUGUGCAAACCUGGCUGGACCGGAAGCAGCUGCGAAACAGAAAUCAACGAGUGCGCAAGUAAUCCGUGUUUGUCUGACGGGACGUGCGUGGACGAAGUGGACGGCUACAAGUGCAUCUGUCCGGAGUGGACCACGGGAGCCAACUGUGAAACAGUUCUCUUCAGCCACGUGUGCUACAUGUUCUCGCUCGACACCCUGUCCCACAAAGACGCGGCCGCUGCCUGCACCACCAUGGGAGGACACCUAACGGACGUGCACAAUACACCAGACCAGCAGAUGAUGGCUUUCUUCAUCAGCCACGGCAGCGACGUCUCCCACUGGACCGCCGCCAUGACGUCGGCUGCGUCCUUGAUCUCUAGCGACGGUUCUCCAGUGUCUAGUUCCACCUGGAUGUCUCCGGACGCCUACGGCCCGUAUGACCAGUGCGUGCUGCUGGACAGUCAGACUAACUACCAGGGAAACUAUCACGUCUGUUCCGAGGAACACAACUACAUCUGUGAAUCCUAUACUAAGGAUUGCCAGCUGUGUCAGAACGGAGGCGUCUGUACCUCCUGUUUCAACAACUCCGUCGUGAAGUGUGAAUGUCAACCAGGGUUUACCGGUGACCUGUGCGAGAAAAACAUUGACGAGUGCGCAUCCUCGCCUUGCCAAAACAACGGCACCUGCGUUGAUGGCGUGGAUAAAUUCGAUUGUGUCUGUGACCGAGGCUACACCGGGGUUUUGUGCGAGCAAGAUCUGGACCUGUGUCAUCCCAACCCGUGUCCAUACGGCUGGACGUGUGUGGACAAUGUUCACGGCCUCAGUUGUGAAAUCCCUGUCCGGGGAGCCGAGACUGAGUACUGCACCAAGUACUCUUGCGGUCCUGGCUGGCACUGCAGGGAGGACGGCCCAACUGGAUUCUCCUGCAUCACUGGCUAAUACGUCACGUGACCACCUGCUCUUCUUCCGUUGAUUCAGCUUUAGCUACUAAUUUCUUUUGAACGUCGUCAUCAGUGUGACAUCCAUACAAGAACAUGCAAUACGACUUGAAGUGUGCACAACAUUUCCUUCAUCAAAUAAAGCAUCUCUAUAAUUAAUUCCCGUUUUAUUGCUCUUUUGAUACCACUUGCAGUAUGCUUGGUUUGAGGCAGUAUUAUGUACAAUAUUGACUUUUAUAAGCACUAGAAAAUAUAGAUCACUUAUCGGAAGGUACGUUACGUCUUCAAAUGGGGAACAUUGCGUAGGACGGGGACACAACCUCUGUAUACGAGGUGAAUCCAAAACGUACACAAAGAAAAACUUUUGCAUUCAAGUUUUACAACUACGGCGCGCGAACUUCAGGACGCUAAUAAACAUCUAUUGUAACUUAGUUGAUCGUCGAUUUUAUGCAUAACUUCCAUGAUCACACCGCUUUUCCCUAGACUCUACCAGACUAACUACGCUGGCUAUAUAUAGGAGAAUAUUUGCCGGGGGAGUUUGGCCGCCUUGUA